ACAACACGACGCGUCACGUGACGAGUGUCAACGAUGCAGAAAGUCAUCAACUUCGCUCACAGCAAGGCCUUGGCCGUCGCCGAGUACAUCGUUCCAGUUCUCAAGGACUCCAAGUUCAAGGAAACCGGACAUCUCACACCAGAUGAGUUCGUCGUGGCUGGUGAUUUCUUGGUACAUCAUUGUCCCACGUGGUUUUGGUCUCCCGGCGACGAGUCAAAAACUCGAUCGUACCUACCAAAAGACAAACAAUUUUUAGUGACAAAGAAUGUACCGUGUUAUAAACGAUGCAAAUACAUGGAAGCUAUGGAGGUGAAGGAGAGAAUAAUCGACGAAGGAGACGACGAGGGUGGCUGGGUGGAGACACAAUUCGAACAAGGCGAUGCAAGCGUGUCUACUGCCCAGGAGAAAGUGGCUGACAUGUCUAUAGAUGGCAAGACUGAACGAGCUACACAUACCUCUGUGUCUGGACCUCUUCCUGUCCAAGACGAAGGUGACGACGAUGACGAUGAAGAAGCAGCUGAUAUGGAAGAGUAUGAAGAGAAAGGGCUCGGUGAAAUUGAAGACGAUCCGGCAUCACUUCAGCAAAUUACGUCCAUGCCAUCGGGUGCCGAAGCUGAAGGAGACACUGUUUUGCAGACUCGUACGUAUGACUUAAAUAUUACCUACGACAAAUACUACCAAACACCGAGACUGUGGGUCUUUGGUUACGAUGAGCAUGCCCACCCACUUCAUCACAAACAAAUGUUGGAUGAUAUCAGUCAGGAUCAUGCUAACAAGACGGUGACGAUUGAGCCACAUCCACACAUUCCUGGACCUCCACGAGCAUCAAUACAUCCAUGCAAGCAUGCAGACGUGAUGAAGAAAAUUAUUGAGACAGUGGCAGAGGGUGGAGGCGAGCUCGAAGUUCACAUGUAUUUGCUCAUCUUCCUUAAAUUUGUACAAGCAGUGAUACCAACAAUAGAGUACGACUACACCAGGCAGUUCUCCAUGUGAACAGUGAGUUUAGUAGCAGGGCGGAUAGACUAGACCUGUUAAUGCUUUGGCUGUGACUGUGUGGCUUGUUUAAAUUUCAUGUAACGUUCGCCACUAAAUGUGAUCGUCCAGAUUGUUACGCAAUCGCAGUGUACGUCCAAAUUCUACAUGAAAUUCAAUGUAAAUAUUUUGUGGUA